AUGGAGACGCCGGAGCCGGGCAGCGCCGCCGAGGAGGAGGAGGAGAAGGCGGCCGAGCAGCGGCCCCGCACGCGCUCCAACCCCGAGGGCGCCGAGGACCGGGCGCUGAGCGCCCAGGCCAGCGUGGGCAACCGCAGCGAGGGGGAGGGCGAAGCGGCGAGCGCCGACGAGAGCCCCCCGGGCGCCGUGGCCCCCGAUGGCCAGGCCUGGCCCGGCCCCGCGCACCCUGCCGAGGUGCAGGUGAAGACGCCGCGCGUCAACUGCCCCGAGAAGGUGAUCAUCUGCCUGGAUCUCUCGGAGGAGAUGUCGCUGCCCAAGCUGGAGUCCUUCAAUGGCUCCAAGACCAACGCGCUCAACAUCUCGCAGAAGAUGAUCGAGAUGUUCGUGCGGACCAAGCACAAGAUCGACAAGAGCCACGAGUUUGCGCUGCUCGUGGUCAACAACGACGCCACAUGGCUCUCAGGCUUCACCUCGGACCCUCGCGAGGUCUGCAGCUGCCUCUACGACCUGGAGACCGUCGUGUGCAAGUCCUUCAACCUGGAGGGGCUCUUCAACCUCAUCCAGCAGAAGAUCGAGCUGCCGGUGACGGAGAACGUGCAGACCAUCCCGCCGCCCUACGUGGUGCGAACCAUCCUGGUGUUCAGCCGCCCCGCCUGCCCGCCCCAGUUCUCCGCCACCGAGCACAUGAAGAAGAUGCUGCAGUGCCCCUACUUCUUCUUCGAUGUGGUUUACAUCCAUAAYGGGGCUGAGGACAAGGACGAGGAGACGAGCUGGAAGGAGAUGUACGCCUUCUUCAGCAGCCUGGACACCAAGGGCACCAACUACAAGUACGAGGUGUCGCUGACGGGGCCGGCCGUGGAGCUGCACAACUGCAUGGCCAAGCUGCUGGCGCACCCGCUGCAGCGGCCCUUCCAGAGCCAUGCGGCCUACAGCCUGCUCGAGGAGGACACCGCGGCCGAGAGCGAGGCCACCGUUUCAGAGGGGGUUGAAAGSAAAGCAAUGCUCUCAUAGGCUGUCACGACAAGAAAGUGCAUUCUGUAACAUCACAGCAAUUAYUGCCUUGAAAUCACUUGCACGAUGAAGAGACUUGCAGGCAGAGUGAAUCGGCACAAGAAGACACAUGCUGUGAUGCUGUUGGGAAAUUSCAGUCUGGCUUUGGAACAGCUACACUCAAUGGAUUCAGCCUUCAAGUCCAGGCAAAAGCAUUGGGCAGAGUUGUUUUCCUACCAGCAGCAUAUUCAGARAUUUCUGACGCAGAAGACUACAUUCUUGGGGCUCUGAUUUGAGCAGGCACUGACCCAGCAGAAUGAGAAGAAGAGCACUGCGGUGCCUGAAGGACAGAGCAGCUCGACCAGGAGAGGCUGGCGUUUCAAUUUGCUGCUAGUGCCUUUAAACCACCUUCUGGAGUGUCUAGUACUGAGAUUUACUCAAGUGCUGCUCUUCAGCAGCUCCCUGCUUAGGAAGAAACAGAGCUUAUCCCCUCUGCAUCACAAUUUAAAAUCAUUGUAAUCUAAAUGUUGUGGCUCAUAUAUAUAAAAAGUCAGUUUAGACAAUAUUAUCUUGCAUUGGAUGAUGCUGUUUACRCUUUUGUAAAGAGCAUGCAGAGAGCAACCACUUCAGGCUGCCUGCAGGACCCUGGUGAGGAGGUAAGGAUGAUACGGACUGGGAUGAAUCUGACAAUUUAGCUUCUUACAAAAGCUUUUGGGUAGGUUUUAAAUGCUACAUGGGUUGGUGCCUGCAUAGCAAUACCUGUGCCUGUAUAUGCAGUAUAAUAUACAAUACAGUAUACAGUAAAAAGCUCUAAUGGGAUUUUCCCCAUUUCAGCUGGCUGAAUA